AUGCGGAAAGCAACAACAACAACUUUUAUUUUUUGUCCAACUUGCCGUAAUAUGUUGCGGCCAUCGGUUGAUGCCGAUGACAAACAACUUUACUAUCGAUGCAGCGCUUGUAGUUAUAAACAUUUGGCUGAAAAUGAUGAAUGCCUAGUUCGUUUCAAAGAAGUGAAGCCUCCAUCAAA